UUCUUCAUCCUUUUCAUCAUCUUCAUAAUCUACAACAUAAAUUGAUUGUUACGUUAUAAUUUGUCAUCUCCCAUGACUACAUCUUCCUCGAAGAAACUCCGAGCUCCAAUUAAUGGAAGACUAGUCACUAUUCUGAGCAUCGAUGGAGGAGGCAUUCGAGGAAUCAUCCCCGCCAAGAUCCUCGAAUUCCUCGAAUCCGAACUCCAGAAAUUGGACGGCGACGAUGCAAGAAUUGCAGACUACUUCGACGUGGUCGCGGGGACGAGCACCGGAGGGCUGGUGACGGCCAUGCUGACGGCUCCUGAUGCUGAAAACCGCCCCUUGUUCGCUGCUAAAGAUAUUGCUCCAUUUUAUGUACAAAAUGGACUUAAGAUUUUCCCAAAGAGAAGCUGUAAGAAGAUUUGGAUGAAAUGGGAUUGUUGUUUAAGCUGCAGUGGGCUGCUGGGAUCAGUGGGUGCAUUAGUGGGGCCCAAAUACGACGGUGAAUAUUUACGUAAGUUAUUAAGGGAUGCUUUGGGUCAGACUCGGCUGCAUCACACCUUAACCAAAGUUGUUAUACCAACAUUUGAUAUCAAGAAUAUGCAGCCCACAAUCUUCUCCUCCUACGAGGUGAAGAAUGUGGGCUACAAGAACGCGCUACUAUCCGACAUAUGCAUCGCCACCUCCGCCGCGCCCACAUAUUUCCCGCCCCAUCAUUUCACCGACACCGAUGAUUCCGGCCACUCUUGGGAUUUCAAUCUCAUCGACGGCGGCGUCGCUGCCAACAACCCGACGUUGGUUGCAGUGAGGGAAGUGACAAAAGAAGUGGUGAGAGGGAGCGAAGAUUUCUUCCCUAUUCAGCCUCUGGACUGCACAAAGCUGCUGGUGAUCUCGCUGGGCACAGGAAACGCCAAACGGGAGGAGAAAUACACAGCAGAAAUGGCGUCGAAAUGGGGGGUGGUGAACUGGAUCAUUCAAGGAAAUUCCACACCAAUAAUUGAUAUCUACAACCAAGCAAGCGCAGAUAUGGUCGAUUAUUUCUUAUCUGUGCUAUUUCAGGCUCUUCGUUCCCAACAGAAUUAUCUCCGCAUUCAGGCAGAUAAUUUAACCGGAGAUAACUCCGCCGUCGACGUUGCGACGGAGGAUAAUCUGAAUGAUCUCGUCGGAAUCGGGGAAGGUUUGCUGAACGCUCCCUUCUCCAGAAUUAAUCUGCAAACAGGAAAUACUGAGCCUGUUAUUGGUGGAGGCACAAAUCAGGAUAUUUUGAUUAAGUUUGCAAAAAUGCUCUCUGAUGAACAGAAAUUCCGGCAGUCGAAAUCACUGCAGAAAAACUAGAGGGGAUGAUAUUUAUAUUAUUACUAUAUUAUUGAUUGUAAUAUGUAAUUUAAUAACUCUCAGUUCAGUAUAUAUGAAGAUUUAUUAUUUCUUUUGUUUGAAAUAAUACUUCCUAGUAAUUGGUAUAUAUGGAAGAGUACUUAAACUA